AUGAGGCCCACGAACACCGCCAGCACCACCACAAGCACUGCAACCACCGCAACCACCGCCAUCAGCACCGCUGCGCCCACGUCUGCUGGCACACACCUCCACACUCCUGCCACAGCUGUACUGCCUAAGACACCUCCACCUACCAGGCGCGCACCAGCCGCUAUACAGAUGAGGCCCACCACCAGUGCCACAGCGACCACCUCUGCCGGCACACCCCGUCAGACUCCUGCCGCUGCUGUGCUGCAAAAGACUCCUGCACCUGAUGAAGCCACUGUCUCUCGCAUGCGGAGCCUCUCUGCAGAAGAGAGAGACAGGCGGCUGAUAGACGCAGUUAAGCGCGGGGCAGUGGGGGAGCUGAUUGUGCUGCUCGCCGCGGGGGCGGACGUGGCGGCCAGGGACAAUGGGCAGAGGACGCCGCUGCACUGGGCUGCCGUGUGGGGCCACGCGUCCGUGGCGCGGCUGCUUCUCGCUGCGUCCGCCGACCCCAACGCCAGGAGCAGCGGUGGGUGGACGCCGCUGCACUUUGCGGCGUGCAGUGACCACGCGGGAGUGGCGGCUGCGCUCCUCCAGGCGGGGGCCGACAGGGGGGCCACAACAAACGACGGGCGCACAGCACUGGACCUCGCCAGGGACUUCAACAACAGGAGGCUCAUGGAGAUGCUGUCAUGA